CUAAAAAAGCGGCAGACAGGAAAAGUCCAUUUAGCCGUUGCAUAAACCUUAACGCCCAACAACCUAAAAUAAAUUUCCCCCGUCGUUUCCAAUCUCCGUCUAUUCUUUUCUACCUCUGCAAUUCUUCGCCAUCAUCGCAAUUAUCGCCGAGUUUUGGCGACAAAAAAUGUCGCAAACCCUAGUUUCCCCUUUGAUGCGCGUUGUACAGACAACACACACCUCAAUUGCGAACCCAAUAUGGCCGAAUCAUCAUCAGCCACCAUCUACUUUUCCGGUCAUCUCCCACCGGCAACUUCCGGUUAAGCGUUUACUGUCAUCGACCAGUAAAUUGAGGAGCUUUUCAGCUCGUGCAUUUGAUCUCAAAGGUGGCCAAGGAAUGAGUGAAUUCCAUGAAAUUGAACUCAAAGUCCGGGACUAUGAAUUGGAUCAGUAUGGUGUUGUAAACAAUGCUAUUUAUGCAAGUUAUUGCCAACAUUGUCGGCAUGAGCUUCUAGAAAGGCUUGGCGUAAGUGCUGAUGCAGUGGCACGCAAUGGUGAUGCAAUAGCACUAACAGAGCUGUCACUUAAGUAUCUAGCACCUCUAAGGAGUGGAGACAGAUUCGUUGUGAAGGUGAGAAUAUCAGACUCUUCAGCUGUUCGUUUGUUCUUCGAACACUUCAUCUUCAAGCUUCCGGAUCAAGAGCCUAUAUUGGAGGCAACAGGAACAGCAGUGUGGCUUAAUAAAAAUUACCGUCCUGUCCGAAUUCCUUCAGAGUUCAGAUCAAAAUUUGUUCAGUUCCUUCGCCAGGAGGCAUCUAAAUAAUGUGCUUAUCUACAAAAUCCAGAGAGUUUUUUCACUCAGAUUUUUCAAGGUGCAAAUUUGCUCUAAUUUAUAUACUGGCCUUAAAUAUUUUGCAAUGUGUAUAUUCCUUUUCUCUUCUAUUUUAAUUAAUCUGAAGUUCUCAUUGUCUAUAGAGGACUCUUGUAAUGUUGUCAACCGACCAAUUAUUAUUUUUUAGUUGUGAAUUAAACUGCUUUAGGAUGAGAUGUUUGCUCAAAUGGUCAAUAUUUUUUGUAAUAUAAGGAUGGAAUGUUUACUCAAGAUCACCAACAUUCUGGUGUAA